CUACCCGCACAUCCUUCCCGAACGCAGCAACAAGCCGAAGAGCUUGCCAAGCUCUCCUCCCUCCGCACGCAAUGGGCUCAAGAGGCUGAAGACUUGAAGGCUGAAUGCGAGACAUUCCGUUCUCUCUACGACUCAGCGCGUGCAGAGGCUGAAAAAAGCAAGGAGGAGUUCAUCGCCGUCGUGGAGGACCAGGCCCGGAGCCAGAAGGAAAUGAUUAAUGCUGCCCGCUUAGAGGCUGAGCAGAUGCAGGCGCGUGUCCGAGAGCUUGAAGAGGAAGUAGAUCAAGGUCGAAGCCGUGAGGAGGUCCGUCGCCAGCUGGAAAGAGACCUGGACGUGGCGCAUGCCGCCCUCCGCCAGAGCCAGGCGGUGGUACAAGCCACCGAAGAAGCACGAGAGCGCGUGGAAGUGCAGUCGCAGCGGGAAGGUGUCAUUCAUGAGGCGCAGCUGGCAGAGUGGAUGGCCAAGGCCGCAGCAGUGACGAGUGAGCGGAAGGGCCUGGAGGCACGCAUCGAGGGCUUGGAAAAGGAACUGGCUCAGGCGGUGGAAGAGCGGCGCGGGAAAAGAGUAGAGCUGGAAGAGGCAGCAGAGGAAAUUGGCCGGCUGCGAGAAGCAUUGGAGAUAUCAGAACGUGCAGUGGAGGAGGGGCGGAGGAAAGCAACGCGGGAGGGGGAAGAGUUACGCCGGGCUUGGCGAGAGGAAAAAUCUGAGUGGGAUGAGAAAAUUGAAAGGCUAGAGCGGCAAGUGCAGAGAACAGAAACGGAAAUGAAGGAAUUGAGACGAGAGAGGCUUGU